UUAUUCUCAUCCUCGCUCCAUUUACAACGGAACCACGCGAUGGUCGUACAACGAAAGACGCCAGUCGCCCCGGUGUCGGCUGGCUCCCGCACAAAUUCAACCGCCCAAGUCCCCCGUGCGACAAAGCCCAAAACGUCAUCGACGUUAGCGAACUCGACUACGAAUGGAACAGAGAUAUCAACAGGGAAGGAUGCAACGAACUCCGCACUAAAAAGCACAACGACGUCACCAAAAUCUCAUCCGAAAGUAAAGCACAAGCACAAGCACCAUAAAAAACCAGCCAAGGCACGUAAGCUCCUGCCUGCAUCGUGUCGCGAUAUGCAAUCGCGCAGCUGGUGGGACACGCUGCUCUAUGUCUUCUUCUUUUCCUUUGUGUAUUACGCUUUCACCAACUGCCCGUACGACGAAGAGCUCUCAAAUCCGAUAUGUCGAUCCCUUUCUCAAUACCGCACACACGUCCUCGAGCCCUAUGUUCUUCCUCCACUCGAACACGCCUUGUCUCAUCCCUCCGUCGCACCCUACGUCGAAGCGGCCACCCGGAUCGAACGAACUACUCUGCGCCCUAUCACUCUCACAGCAGUCCGCUACGCUAUACAUGCCAAACGCGUUGGCUGGGAUCGAAUUAUCGUGCCCUCCUUCCGCAAACACGUUGUCCCCCGAUGGAGGACACACGCACAGCCGCACCUGGACCCUUACCUUGCUCGCGCUGCACCACAUAUCCUCCAGGCACAACUAGCAGCCCAAAAAUACGCGACUCUCGUUCACCGCGCCUAUUCGGAUAGUGUCCAGCCCCGGAUUCUGCAAGCCUACGUUGUGGUGAAACCGCACGCGAUCAAAGCUUACGAGGUCGCGCGUCCCCAUCUGCUCAAAGGCUUGGAGCAUGGUCUUGCCGCGGGUGCAGCAAUCGCUGCUCAAGCUGGACAGGCUCGUCGCACGUAUGUGGAUCCGCAUGUGAUCCGCAUGUGGGACAAGGUGCUCGAGUUGAGCGGUCAGGAGCCAGCCCCUCCGGCUACUGUUACUCCGAAGAAGGUCCUCACGUCGACGGCUGCAACCACAGAAUCUGCCACCGUCUAUUCCGAAGCGACGACAGAGGAAGUUGUCGUUACAACAACCGAAUCUGCUGAGCCCACGGCGGCAGCAGUCACUGCUGAAGAAGACAUCCCUGUUGUAACCCCGUCGUCAACUGCAGCCGAGGAGCCGACCGCGACCGAAGUUGUGUCUUCGUCGUCGUCUGCUCUCUCUGCCGCUGCUCAAGUGACUGAAGAAGCCGUACCCGCAAGCGUCGCCGAGGAGAUUUCUGCCGCGUCUGUUGUCAUUGCGUCAGCCCAUGGCAUGGAGUCGGCACUCGUUGAAGAAAUCGCCGACGCUAUCGCCGCAUCCGAAUCCGAAGCUGACUUGCCCGCCGAAGUCGUCCACGAGGGCUCUCCAGUCGAAGCUGCCGCUGCCGAGCCCGAGGCCGUUGUUGUUGCCGAGGAGGAGGAGGACCCCGAACUCCUUUCUUUCUUGGAUGACAUUGGUCUCGUUGAGGAGCCUGAGGCGCCAAUAACCGAAACGGAUGAAGCGUACUACUCGCCGGAGGAACUUGCCGAAAUUGAAGCGCGAAUGGAGGCUGAGCAAGCAGCUAUCAAGGCUCGCAAGGCUAUCGAGGAUCGGGCUGAUGUUGAAAGUCGCAUGGCACGUUCCACUGAGCGAUUGACCAAGAUGGCACAGGAAAAGGGGAAAGACCUUCGCAAGAUGCUCGUGUCGAUGCGCAAGAAGGGUGUGGCGGAGAUCGACGAUGUCCGCACUAGAGUCGGCGGUGCCCUUAAGGGACUGGAAGCAGAGGGCGAGAAGCUCCUCAAAGGACUGGAGUCUUAUCUGAAGAAGGAGCACAAGUCCAAAAGCCAGGACUACGCCUCUCGGGCCGGCAAGUGGCAGGCUGUGACAGCCAAGGUCGAGAACAAGCUCCAGGACAAGGUGACCGAGACGCAUACAGUCAUCGGGCAGUUUCAUGCCGAUGAAAAGAACGAUGAAGGAAUGUCGAUCAUUCAAGAAGUCAAGGAUGCCUGCAGUCAAGCGCAGGGUGACGUGGGCCUUGAUUUGUCUUGGUUGCCCGAUGUAACAUGGAUGGAUUGGCAAGUGUACCACGACCUUGCUCGCAUUGGAGAGAAGUUCCAGGCAGAAGCCUCUGAAAUUCAAGGAGGAACUCAUUCCCAUCCCCCGAUCGACCCUCUCCUGAAGCGAGUGGAACUUUUGAACGAAGAACUAGUUGUUCUCGUCAACGGCUUCUCUGCGCGGCUAGAGGGUAUGAAGAAGGACGCGGAGCUUUUGUUUACUCCACCGCCUGAAGAAGAGGACACCCCUUUGGCAGAGACGCCGAUGGAGCAAACACCGGCGGAGGAGUCGUCUGUGCCAGAUGAUACCUCUGUCAGGGAGACUGCAGCCGCUGAGGCUGACCCCGCAGUUUCGAUUCUGCCCAUCGAGCCGGAGGAGAAGAAGACCGUAAAUGUUGAUUCCGCCGAGAUCUUCAUCGGCAAGAGUUCCGAACAAGUUGAGGAGGCUAUGCGGAACUACGUUGCUGCUGUCGAGCACGAAGAGUUGUAA